GUGCUGAUGACAUCACAAUUCUUGAUGGACCGGCAUUUCCCUUUACAGCAGUGGAGCUGUCAGUCUUGCACCAGGACCGCACUGACCACUGUCUGGAUGAAGACAAAGCGCCCAUCGACGGCCCCAUCCAGCGAUCACGUCGUUCUUCUUCCCAACAGUAUGCAAACCCUUCACGAGGACGAGGAUGAUGUUGACGCAGCCAAUACCCCAACCUUGCCAGCAACUUCAACGACCGAAGAGUCUUAUGACUGGCCCACCUUCAUUUCUGCGUACUCCUGGGGUAGAUGGGACCCACACAAGACGCCAAAUCCACCCAAGGGCGUCCAUGAACCAGACGAAAUCGAAAUUACGACAAUCCCAACUCGUAAACCAGGGAGGAAUUCCGGUUCUGCUUACAGACUGAGGAACUCUUUCUCCUCAUCGUCCGUGCCUUCCCCGACAGCAUCACCAAAGGCUAAACCUGAUCUAUAUCUUUCUCUGGCGUCCUCCAAAUACCCCGCCUCAUCUGUCGUCUCUGCCGCUACGCUUCGUUUGGCAGGCACCAACGUCAACCUUUCGCCAUUGGCUCUUCCCAGUCCAGAACAGGAAUUCACAGAUCCUAUGAAAGGCGUGUCUGUUGUCGUCCCAGGCGUACAUCCCGAUGAUUCUCCCAAUGAAUUGGUCAUGACCCCAGGCGGGACGAGGAAAAUCAUGCUUAAGAACUUUUGGAAGGGUGUCAGUGCUGCCGAAGAUGACCACAGAUCCGCAGAAGAUGAAACAGAUUAUUUUAGCCAUGCCACUUCAGCUCCGGAGAAUCCGUUGUCAGCACCUCUAUCAUACACAUCUACUACGCCGCCAAGGAGAGCGACGUUAACGCGACAGAGCUCCGCUCCUCUACCGGGUCCGCUGGCUCCAGCAGCACAUGUAGCGAGCAUGGCUCAGCGUACGGUCAACGACGAACAAUUGUACAAUGAACUCGGAUAUUUUACACCGCCAGAUCCCCCGGAUGAGAUAGAACGGAGGAGAGCUUUAUACAAGUUCAAUCUGUGGAAUUCUGCGUCAGAUAUCAACUUUGAUCGAAUAGCUCAUUUGGCCAAAUUAGUAUUCAACACGAAGGGAGUAUUUAUCUCUCUCAUUGACGCGUAUGACCAAUAUUUCAAAUCAGAGUGGGGGAUCAAGGUUUCACCAUGCUCGCGAAUGCGCUCUUUUUGUGCACACUCUAUAUUACAACGAGAUGAUGAACCAAUGAUCAUUCUAGACGCCCAGCUUGACUGGAGAUUUGUGUCGAAUCCUCUCGUUACUGGCCCACCGAAUAUCCGCUUCUACGCAGGUGCGCCGCUCAGGACGCAAGAUGGUUACAACGUCGGCACCCUCGUCGUCAUCGAUGACUCGCCUAGAGAUGACUUCACACCAAGACACCGGCACACACUGAAAGAGUUCGCGGCCAUAGCAAUGCGUGAGAUGGAGUUAUGGAGAGACAAAAUACAACUCAGGAUACGAGAUCGGAUUCAGAAAUCUAUGGAACAGUUUAGCCGGGAGUGCAUAGAGAUCGACGUUGAAAAUGAGGUACCACGGCACCAAAACUCACCAGGGCAAGCAUCGCCUCUGAUGGUCCCGGUGCCCUCGUUAUCAGCUCCGGCUUCAUCAUCAUCCACACCCAUACCAACAUCUUCCAUACCUUUGUCUCUCCAUGCUGACCAGCCAAAAAUCCCUCGUCAAGCUCCACCCGGUUAUCAUGCUGCAGACAGCUUACUUACUACCAAUCCGCCAUCCUCUCCAAGCUCUUCGUCGCAUCAGUUUCCUUCAUCAUCCACGCCGAGCACCAGACCAUCUUCAGCAGAACCUUCUUCUCGACCUCCUUUGCGUCCGCGGUAUUCUAGUUAUCAACACCGAUCUUUUCUACACUCCGGCUCCAUGGACAAAGUUUAUUCUCGCGCUGCGCGUUUAGUACAGCGAACACUUGAUGUAGAAGGCGUUAUUGUUAUGGACGUAUCCCAUUGUGAUAUGAACACAAAUGUUCCAGUCUUCAUGCCUGGAGACCUGGAAAUGAAUGGUCAUAGUUCUGAAUUGUCGUCGUCUUUGUCGCCGGACAUGGGAUUAUCCCCAUCCCCUCCGAAUUCACAUUCCACAUUGGCAGGCGGCGAAGGCAACGUGAGCGUCGUCAUGCACUAUGGCGAUCCGACGAUGGAAACGAAAGUUAGAAGUUUGAGUGGGGAGGAGUGGGGUCGAUUAGGCCGAUUUUUCGACAAAUGGCCAGAGGGAAGAGUUAUGGAAGGCAUCGUGGAUUCAAGUUGGAGGGGGUUCCUGCCGACGAGGGUUGGAUAUGCGUUAACUGUACCUAUAUUCAACAUUGACAAAAGACCUUUCGCUCUCUUGUGCGCAUAUAAUUCGUCUGAUUCCCAGAAACGAUUUUUGGAAGGACAUGAGCUUUCUUAUUUGAGAGCAAUAGGUACGUGCAGAUAUCUGGAUGCGUUCCACACACUGCUGAUACUUUCAGGUGUCAUUAUUCUAUCUGCGGUACUCAAGAGACGCAUGAUACUGGCUGAUAAGGCAAAGAGCUUGUUUAUUUCUAACAUAUCUCAUGAACUUCGGACGCCGUUACAUGGAAUCUUGGCUGCCGCCGAGUUGCUUGACGAGAGCAAUCUCAGUCAUUCACAAACAUCUUUCUUACAAACAAUACAGGCUUGUGGAACUUCUUUGGUUGAGACCGUCAAUCAUGUAUUAGAUUUCACCAAGCUGAGUGGAAACUCCAAGUCGGGAGGAGUGGAGAACGUUAUUGUACCAACAACGGUCAAUCUGAUGCAACUGGUCGAAGAAGCCGUAGAUGGCUGUUGGGUUGGGCACCGUGCUCGUCAAGCGAUUGUCGGGGACACUGGUAUUGGCAGCGUGUAUUCUCCGCCGACAGAGGAAGGUGCUCCUUCAUCCGUGAGAAGCAGGCAUGUCGAGACCGUUAUCGAGAUUGGACAUCGCCAAAGGGGAUGGUUACUCAAAUGCGAGAAGGGUGGUAUUCGACGAGUUCUGAUGAAUCUGUUUGGAAAUAGUUUGAAGUUUACUACUGACGGCUACGUGCAUGUUGGUCUGCGGCAACUCCCUCGUACGGAAGACCUACCUUCCAACAAGAUCAAGGUCGAACUUUCUGUACUGGAUACUGGCAAGGGGAUAAGCCACAGCUUCUUGAAGAACCACCUCUUUCAUCCGUUUUCACAAGAGAACCCCCUUCAAACAGGAACUGGGUUGGGUCUUGCCAUCGUGCACAGUAUCGUCCGGUCUGAGAGUGUGGACGGCAAAGUCGAUGUUUGGAGUGACGAAGGUGUUGGCACAGAGAUCAAAGUGACGUUCCCUGCAGAGGUAACAGAUGAGCGAAGUGGGGCAGUCGGAGCGGACAUGGGAUCAUUUGGGUUCGAUGACUGCGACCAUGCCGCUUCUGUGUCACUGAUUGGAUUCGGACAUGAUCAUCGUGGGGUCCAGCUUCUUGAAAGCGUCAUGAGGUCAUAUGUGAUUUCCUGGGGUUUUGAAGUUCGAGGAGACGUAUCAAACUUGGGCGAUAUCGUGAUCCUAAAUGAGGACGUGGAUCUUGUUGUCAAAGCCACGGAACAGCACGAUACUAUGCGACCGUUUAUCGUUUUGUCUGGAUCGCGGGGAAGCUCCAAGGUAUUGUCUGUUGCCAGCGACCAUGAACGGAUCGGGGGAUUUUGCCGUAUACUGUACAAACCGGGAGGUCCUUCUCGUCUUCGAGCCGCCCUCAAGCUUUGUAUUCAUGCACUGAAAAUUCAGUCACGAUCCCCUGAAGUGGACUCUAGUUACCGGAAGGAACUGCUGCACCCGGACGCGGACAUUGAUGGGGUUACGUCUUCUCCGUCGAUGUCAACGAUUUCUACGAGGCGAAAUUCUGAGGAGACUGGUAAAUUUCAGCUCUCAAGGCCAACUCUGCCGAGAUCGAUUACUGCCCAUCCUUUGCCAUCGUCGUCUUGGAAGGGGCAGGCGAUGAACCGGGAGAGAUUCACGGUAGGAUCCAGUUCAGAGCAAAUACCAGAGGAAGAAAAUAUGAGCGAGUCCGAAACAUUUUCGCCGACAAUCAGCGUCGGGAUGGGAGGAACAUUGCUUAAGUCGUCUGUUGGUACGAUACAGACGAGAAUGAGCCGAUUCAGAAUCUUGGUUGUGGAAGAUAAUAGUAUACUACGGAGUUUACUUGCGCAAUGGUUAGCAAAAAAAGGAUAUGAUUUCCGGGAUGCAGUAGAUGGUCGCGAUGGGGUUAAAGUGUAUCAACAAGAAGGACCUUUUGAUGUCGUACUCUUAGACUUGUCAAUGCCCGUGCUUGAUGGUGUUGGCGCAACAGCGGAGAUUCGUCAAUUCGAAUCUAGGGAAACGGAUAGUAACCGUCGUCGACAUCCAACGAAGAUUCUUGCAUUGACGGGAAUGUCAUCCCUCGAGGACAAACGAAGAGCUUUUGAAGCGGGCGUUGAUGGAUAUCUUGUCAAGCCUGUCGCAUUCAAAACUCUAGACGCAAUGUUCCACAAGCUCGGAAUAUCAUAACAACGGACAGUUUCGUUUUUUUUUCGCAACGUAUUCUUCUUGUUUUUGCAUUCACAUUGUAUUCUGUCAUUGUGCUAUUUUCCUGCAUGAAGAACUCCGAUAUCUAGCAUUUCACUGUUGACUCGUACAAGUAUAUACU